AUGCUCAGCGCUCCAGCUGAACUAACAGACAGUGUUACCGAUGCGACACAGCGGACCUCCUCGACAAACAGAACAAUGGACCCGAAUUUAGACCUCUAUAGGAGUAUCUCGCACCUCCCGAUUUCGGAGCGCCGGAAACGCGUUCAGCAUCUUUCCGAGGAAGAAUGCCACAGGGUUAGGAUUAUCGUUGAAAGAGAGGAGGAUACUCGAAAACUGGAAGAAGACAUUGGGGGCCGAGAUCUCGUUAAAGUCGCCUUAGCUGAUCCUUCUGAGUUGCACACCCCAUUGAAACUGACACUCCUUGGCCGAACUAUCCACUCCAGGGACGAAGAUAACAUGGUGGAACGCAUCACCAACGGCGCCGAACGUCAAGGGUCUAGUUUGAUUAGUCAUAUCGCGAGAUUUGAUCACAGUACUACUUUGCUCCCAUUGGAUGCCUGGAAGCUGGUCUAUUGCGACUUGUAUUAUAUAGACGGAUGCGAUGCUACACUACAGGAAAUUUACGAAGCACGCCUUCGAGAGGAGGAUCUUCAAACCCCUGCCGCUAGAGCCAGAGAGCUAGUGCGCGAUACGGAUUUAAAGAAGGCUCGAAGAAAUGCCAGAUGGAUGAUUCCCGCUCUCGAGCAUCCCUGGAAGGAUGAAGACCCACCACAACCGAACCCAAUGGAGGAAGCCGUUAAACGAAUGAUCGAAAAUUCACCUAUUCCAGAAGAGGUAGCAAAGCUCUGCGAAUCUGAAAAGAUAAUAGAGAAAGCCAGGAAGGACUGGGAAAGAGAGAAACCCAAAAGACGUCUAGAAACACUCUGGAAGCAAGUAUCACCUGCACCACCAGCUUGGAUGCAGAAUAUAGUUGAUGCUAAAAAGCCAUUUGGCUUUAUAUACUAUGUAUCCAGAGAAGCCAAUGAAAAGUAUGGACGCCACUGGAAGUCAGAGUGGCUUCGCAUUGAUAAUACCUGUUCGCCGUUUGGUGUACGCUGGUCUUGUAUCCAUACUCAGGGACAGGAGAACUGGUACGCAAUGCAUCGUCUAGAAGCUGAGAAUUGGCCUGUGUUCUCCCCCGAUGAGACAUUGAUUGAAGGCGACGAUCUCAGGAAACAUUUUAAGCAGUACAGGGAGAAAAACAAGUCUGAUACUAAAGAAGAUAGGAAGAUGAUGAACAUGAUCAGGAAGAAAAAGAAAUACCCUAGAGUGCAGGAGUACAGCGAUGUCCUCUCUCCUGGGUUCCUUCGUAAUACCUUUAUUGUGAUUCCCAUCGAGCUGGUUGAUGGUAAUCGCAGUAUCGAUGAAAAUGACUGUCUUGAUCCCUGCUGGGUCUGGGCAUAUGAUGCAGACUGGAACACCUCACAAGGCGAAACUGUCUUCAACGGGGAAAGGUACGAAGGUCGCGUCAAGGUAGCCAAAUGGUCACUCAACUCAUGGUUCUACGGUGCUCGCUGGGAGGGUGUUAGUCUUCGGGACAUGUGGCUUAAGGCACAGCUGCACCCGGAAAGGAUGUGGAUCUGUUAUACGAAGGAGCUUGAAGAGUGGGAUCAUGAGCCUUAUAUAUGA